AUGCCAGGAACGUUGGCGGCAGACUUUUCGAAAGGCAGUUUGAUGAAUAAAUUCCCACGAAGUCGUGCCACAUUUGGCGAACCUGCGCCUCUUGCCGCGUUCCAAGGCGCAAGCACGCGGAGCAUCCCCCAUGAAACGGCAGUGACAGUUCACGGUGUACAUACAGACGAACAACAAGGCGCUCUUAGAGGGCCGUUCAGUGCAGCGGCGGAAGCGUUUAAAGCGGUGUUCGCUUUAACUCAUGGACUGAUUGAGUGCGGCAGAAGCAGCAACUACAAACAACUAGAAGGAACAGAAAUAAAAGAUCAAAAAUGCGCAGUGAAUGCACCCGAGGCGAGGGCCUUUCAAAGCCAUCUUGGCAGUAAAUCCUUUGCGCCGUGCAGCGCGCACGUGGAGCAGCAGCAACAGCAGCAACAGCAGCAGCAGCAGCAGCAGCAGCAGCAGCCAAUAAGACAUCGGCACGAAGCGCAGAAAACUCCUCAGCAGCAGCAGCAGUCGCAGCAGCAGGAGCAGUCGCAGCAACAGGAGCAGUCGCAGCAACAGGAGCAGUCGCAGCAACAGCAGCAACAGCAACAGCUUCCGCCCCCCCCCCCACCUCCUCCUCCCGUCAGCGGCAUUAUUGAGCAGCAGCAGCAAACUUUGCCAGGAGGUUCUUUCAGAGAUAGGCUGCUGAAGGGGACGGCUGCUUCGAAGAAGUCUAACGGUUCUACGCAACAGACGCAGUCUGAACCCAAAGAGGGAGCGGCUGCCAAGCAGCAACAGCUGCAGCAGCAGCAGCAGCAGCAGCAGCCAGCCGCGGAAGGAGCUGCGGGGAGAACUGCUAGCUUUCCAUGGUCGCCUUCCGACAACACUUCUGCUUCGGAAGGAUCAGCAGCAGCAACUAAGGCAGCGGCGGCAGUCAGUGAGACGUCUGCUGCUGCGUCGAAGGCGCAACUGGAAGAGCAGCAGCAGCAGCAGAUAAAACAGGCAAAGCCGCAGAGUGCUGGUGGGGUUGUUCAGAGUGGGAAGCGCAUCUCUGAGACGGUGGUUGGCUUACAGUCCCCUCCCCUCACCACAGGUGCUUCGGCAGGCUCAUCCGCCUUUCAAGUCUCCGAGACUGCCGCUGCGCCUGCAGCAGCAGCAGGAGGAGCUGCUGCUGCUGCUGCCAGCAAGGCUUCCUCGCAGAGUCGCGAGGAGAGCUCUGCUGCAGGGGCAGAGGUGACUGCCGAGGCAGCUGGUGACUCUUCGAGACGCAGCACCAUGGCUUUGUCUGGCACAGCCAAACAGCAGCAGCAGCAGCAGCAGCAGCAGCAGCAACAGCAGCAGCACGAGCAGCAGCAGCAGCAGCAGCAGCAGCAGCAGGCAGGAGCCUCAGCAGCAGCAGCAGCAGCAGCAGCAGCAGCAGCAACAAUGGGCCGAAAAGCAGCAGCAGCAGCAGCAGCAGCAGCAGCAGCAACAGCAGCAGCAGCAGCAGCAGCAGCAGCAGCAGCAGCAGCAGCAAGAGUAGAGACAGGGGGUGAGUCUGCGAGCAGCGCUCAGGAUGCUUUGCCAGCUCCUGCAGGGGCAGUUGCAGAAACAGCAAAAACAGUGGCAGCAGUUACAGCAGACAGAGGCGGAGGAGGAGGGAGCAGCAGCAGCAGCAGCAGCAGCAGCAGCAGCAGCAGUUUAUCCUGGGCGAUGCGAGCUCGUCUUGCGAAGGAUAUUCCUGAACCGUCGGUAAAGCAGCUUCCGCCAUCACCUCAGCAGCAGCAGCAGCAGCAAGGGAGCGCGACAGCGUCUUCAGGAGAGCAGCAGCAAGAAAAGCAGCAGCAA